GUAUAUUUACAUCAUUACGAAAGAGUCUCGGUUCAUGGUGGUCGUCUGCAGCCCUUGGAGUAGGGAUUUACACGUUACAUCUAGAAUCUAUCAUUCUAGAUCCAGACUACCGCAUUUAUUUAUGCGAUUAGGAUAUUAUGCAGUUUGAUAUCUCACAAUGAGUGCCAAGUCACCUCCAACCAGUUCACCUUCCAAACCUGAGAGUCACUGUGCCUCUAACAUUCCAGAGGAAGAUGCUAACUUGGAUUGCCUAACACACUGUGCUCUCCUGGCAGACUCUACCAGAUGCCCUUCACCCAGCAUCAGUAGUAGUGUCUCCAAUGAGGAGUCUAUGGACUCAACCCCAAGCUCCAGUAAAACCAUUACUGAUGAAAUGGUCAGGGAAGAGGAGCAGCUGUACAUUGCAGGGGUCAAGGAGGAGAAGAAGAGGGCAGAAGAUGAAGAGAACAUUUUGAAGAAGAUGAACACAGAGACACGAGAAGAGAGAUAUGAAAGGUUAAAGUUCCUUCUGAGUAAAAGUAAAAUCUAUUCUGAAUAUUUAGUAAACCGCAUCAAACAACAGAAGAUAGAUGAAGAAAAGCGUAGACAACAGAGGUUAAAAAAGGAACAGAAUAAAGAAAGCGAAAAAGAAGAGUCGGAACACAAUGAUGUCAGCUCUGGUCAGCAACAUGUGAGCAAAGGGUCCAAAAGAAAAUCAGACUGUCUAAACUCUAAGGCUAAAAAGCAAAAGACAACUACUAGUGGCACAUCUUCUGAGGAAAGCAAGGUUUUAAAAGUUGAUUCCAGUCUAAACGCCUCUGCUAGUACAGCUUCUCAGUCUCCUGACUCCACCGCUGCAGACAAUAGUGAGACAGUUAUUGACGAACCUGCAUUGAUUGAAAAAGCCUUAACUUUUGGUCUUCUUGAUCUUUCAGAUGAAAAAAGGUUUAUUAAUGGGGUGGAAGUACCUUAUUUACAGCCCAAACUUAUGACAGGUGGUGUCCUUCGUCCAUACCAAGUUGAAGGCUACAGCUGGUUGAAGGUCAUGUAUGAGAAUGCUGUGAAUGGAAUUUUGGCAGAUGAGAUGGGCCUGGGCAAGACUGUCCAGUGUAUAGCCAUUUUGUCUCAUUUGGUUUACAUGGGAGUGCCAGGACCAUUCUUAAUAUGUGCUCCUUUGUCCACCAUACCAAACUGGCUCUCAGAAUUUCAGACUUUUGCCCCAAAUGUACCCACAAUUUUGUAUCACGGACCAAAGGAUUCACGGUUACAGCUGACCAGGAGAAUCAGUAAAAAGUACAAAAUCCGUGAAGAUGUUUAUGUACAUCCAGUUGUUAUAACUUCAUAUGAAAUUGCCAUGAUAGAGCGGAAGACACUCUCCAGACAUGAAUGGAAGUACCUAAUUGUUGACGAGGGCCAUCGCAUUAAGAAUACUCACUGCCGCCUCAUUCGAGAGCUCAGGAUGUAUAGAUCUACUCAUAGGCUUCUGUUAACUGGAACUCCAUUACAGAACAGCCUAGCGGAGCUUUGGUCUCUAUUAAAUUUUCUGCUUCCUGAAAUUUUUGAUGACCUGGGAAGCUUUGAGUCGUGGUUUGACAUAAAUUGCAUGAAUGGUGCAGAGUCUGAAGAAAAGAUUGUCAAUCAGGAGCGGGUAGACAGCAUUCUUAGCAUGAUGCAUCAGAUAUUAUCUCCCUUCAUGCUGCGGCGCCUCAAAUCUGACGUUGACUUGAACAUCCCCCCCAAGAAGGAGAUCAUUGUCUAUGCUCCUCUUACACCUCAACAAAAAGAGUUCUACUCCGCGGUCAUUGAUAGAAGCAUUUGGGAUCUACUAAAAACAGACACGAUUCAUGCAUCACCGUCAUUGGAUAAUACACAACUGGGCAGAGGCAAACGGAAGACUGCAAAAGUGCAAUACAACAUUUUUAUGGAAACGGACCAAGACAGUAAAAAGUCUCUGCGUUCCUCUAAGUCAAAGAGGGUUAAUGAUGAAAAAAGCUAUGAAGAAGAAGAAUUGGAAUUUGAAAACUGGUUGAUGGCUGUUAGUGACAAAAAAACAGAGAAAGUUGAUAAAGGUACACAAGUAAAAAAAGUUCCUAAGUCUCAGGUCAAUGUUAAAAUGUGCAGUGUUAUGAUGCAAUUGAGGAAAUGUUGCAACCACCCAUACUUGUUAGAGCAUCCCAUUGAUGCCACAACUGGCAACCUUGUUCUCAACGAGGGAAUCAUAACCUCAUCUGGAAAGAUGCAAGUGCUUGACCAGAUGUUGGCUGAAUUAAAGAGACGAGGUCACAGGGUACUGUUGUUCAGUCAAAUGACUAGAAUGCUGGACCUCAUUCAAGACUUCUGUCAUAUCCGAGGCUAUGGCUACUGCAGGCUUGAUGGUAGUGACAACAUCGAUGAUCGCAAAGAGAGUAUGAGAGAAUUUAAUAAACGUGGAUCAGACAAGUUCAUCUUCUUGUUAAGUACCAGAGCAGGAGGUCUAGGCAUCAAUUUAACUGCAGCAGAUACUGUGAUUAUUUUUGAUAGUGACUGGAACCCACAGUGUGAUCUCCAGGCUCAGGAUCGCUGUCAUCGCAUUGGUCAGAACAAGCCUGUGGUGGUGUACAGGCUAGUCUCUGCAAACACCAUUGAUGAAAAGAUCAUUGAGAGAGCUGCGGCGAAAAGAAAGCUAGAGAAGCUGAUCAUACAUAAAGGCAAGUUUAAAAGUGGUAACUUCAUGGCUCGGGGGAAAGCUAUAAGUCCAGAAGAGCUGAGAGCCUUGCUGCAGUCCAAAGACCAUGAUGCAGUGGUCAACAAAGAUGACUUUAUCAUCAGUGAAUCUGAGCUCAGCUCUCUGCUAGAUAGAUCUGACCUGAUAAAAAAGUGGAAGAUGUCUCGUGGAAAGGGUGCGGCUAAACAAAAGAACACAAAACCAACUUUAAAUGAGGCCGCCAAGAAUAGCAAAAGUAUGAAACCAAAGAAGGCAACAGCAGAAGCAAGUGUGACACAGUCCAAGCUUUUUAAGGUUAUUGACAAUGAGGCUGGAGAAAGCACUGACAUUCAAUGUACAGAUAUGGAUAGUUUAGACCUUUUGACUACGUCUCUCAGUGCUAGCACAGAUACAGCCUGAGACAGUAGCACUGGCUAGUAGCAGCAUCACAUGGCCAGUGUUGUUGACACAGAGCCAGUAAAGUUGAUCUAGACUGCUUUAUCUCAACAAGAUAAAUGUUUGUUUAUACUGUAACUAAUAGUUUUCAUUCUCUUGUUUCUCAUUUAAUAUUUCUAAGUUGUUAGGUAUGCAUUUUAAGCAUACAUAUUUUUUAUUCUUAACAUUUUUAUGUCAUGGUUAGUUUAAUUGUCAGAUUAUCCUCAAUUUAUAAUCUUUUUAUUUUCCUUGUUCUACAAUAUGUUUUAAAAUGAGACAUUUGCUUUUGCAAUGUAACUUUGUUUCCCUUGUUAUUGAGCUGAUAAUUAUAAUUUUUAUGUUGUACAAAACUACUCAUUGGUCUAUAUGGGCCAAACUAGCUCAGUCUACACUUAUAUCAUGACUGUUUAAAUUUGCUUAUCAGUGAUGGUUUGUAUCCAGCUACAGUUUUUUUUUUUUUAAUAUAGUUCUAUCUCAAGCUGUGUUUUCUCAAGCACCCAUAGGCUCUGAACUCAGAGUACAUUAAGAUUGUUCCAUACUAUGUCAUCAAAAUGUAUAAAUUGCAUGAAGAAAACAUCUAAUAGUCUAAAUUAGGUUUCAGGUAUGGUAUUUAAAAAGGUAAAAAUAUAAUAUUGACAAUAUUUUGUUGAAGCUAAGCUGUUAAUUGUAUAAACAAUUUCUCUUCCCCCCCCCCCCCCCCCCCUCUUCUCAUUUAGUUUUUUUCUGUAGCUUUUGAGGUAACAAAUUGUACAAUACCAUUACCAUAUUGUACUGCAACAAUUAAGUUUUGUAGAAAGACAUUUUUUCUUAUUAUGAAAUGGUUUGCACCUUACUGCACCUGUCUCUAAACAUCCUGUGUCCUUUACAUUAUGAUUCAACUUUGGCCCAAUCCAAUUUGCAUGAUGAGUUUUGUUUCAGACUCAAAAUUCAGGGCUAUGAAAGAUUGUGGUAAGGCUCGUUGACUCAGGGCUAUGUCCAAGUUUGGUCACCAUUGCUUUUUUACAGGAAACCAGACAUUUCAUUAUUUUCUGGUCAUACUUUUCUGUCCCCUUACUGUGAAACGUUAUUUUUCUAUUUUUGUUAGCUUUUUAUUAAGUUCCCUCUUCCACUGUUAGAUGUUUUCCUUUGACAACUUAAAAGUUAGUUGACAGACAAUUCACUACCAAGGGUAUGGUGGCAGCAUGUAUUAUUGAAGUUUUACAGUGUAUUAUUGUAUUACGGUACUUAAAAAGGGGAUUGUUAUUGUUAAAUUCUAAGUUUUAUUUACUUCUGAUGUAAAUAAGUUUAUUUAACCCAAAAUACAUUUGGUUUUGGGCAAUUUUUGUUUCCUUUUUUCCAUUUGUAUAUUUAUUGUUGACAUUUUUACAUUUUUUUAAAUUUCUGCCAACUUUUUGUUUCAAAAAUUGUAAUCCAUACCAUGAUAAAAGCAUCCUGCUGUUCUAUUGUUGUCCACCAAGGUGUUCAUACAUGAUUCUUGUUUCUCACAUCAUGUUCUAUAAAGCAUUUGUGUUAAGCUCUUGAAAUUUGUAACAAUGUACAUAUUAUAUAUAUUGUAAUACAUUUUUUAAAGUAACAACAUUUACUAAGCUUUCAGAUGAUCAAAUAGAAGUUUUACAAUUCCUUUUGCAAACAAUAAUUGGCUUGUUUUGUUUCUUAAAUAUUGUGUCUGCCUAAUCAAAGUUAAUGUAACCUUUAGGAAGGAACACACUUCUCACAUUGAUGAUUUGAAAAUAUGACAUUGUGAGAACUAAACACAUUUUAUUGUAAACAGUAUCAGAAAUGUGAGAAUUCCAACUAGGUUUUCAAUUUUACAUUCAGGC